AUGGCAUCGGUAAUGCUGUGCUUGCGCCGCCGACGCCGUUUCACGCAAAGAGCCGUCUCCGAGCUACCAAGCCAUCAGACGGACGCUGAGACCAAAUCAGAUCCGAGGGCUACGAUCUGGAUUCCAGAGCUUGGUCAAGAGGGAGCUGUGUCUGGACCCCACGAGCUGGCAGGCACACCCACGCCUCUUGAAUUGCAUGGAGUGACUGAGCCAUACCUCGCGGAAGGAAGAUUAUUCGAGAUAGGGAACCCGGAGUGA